AUGGCCUCCGACUCGUCCCGCACCGCCUCGCAAUCCUCCACCACCCCCGAAACCCACGCGCAACAACCACACCCCGCCGAUGAAGCCCACCCGCGCCGCUCCAGCUCCAUGUUCUCCCACACCAUGGAACACAUGCACGUCAAGGAGCACCUCGCGCACAGCAAGGAACACCUCAAGCACGCCGACGACAAGGUCACGAAGAUGUGUGUCAAGAUGCACCUUGCGCCGGACAGGGAAAAGCAUCAGUCGCCUUCUCUGGGUUAA